UUAGUUAUAAAUAGAACGUUUUUGUAACGAUUUUAGUACUAUGACAUUUCAACAAAUAUCAACUUUGAAAUCUAAUACUUAAAGGAAAUAGGAAUUAUGAAUAAACAAAUACACAGAAUUUUAUUAGACAAUUCUCAAAGGGACACAAUCUCAACACAAACCAGUAUCGUGGAUGAUUGGGAAAAUGUUGAAAAUUGACAUUUGUUAACCUUCUUCUUGAUCACAAUGUUCAAGUAUUUGGUAUGGAUGACAUUAACAUCGGCUUUAAGUAUGCGUCUAAACCAUGACAGUAAAGGGAGGAUAAAGAUGGGCGAACCAAAUCAGAAAUGUGAUGAUGCAAAGUGGAAUAUUUACAAAGACAUCGACUGUAAUGAUUUCAUUUGUUCUGGACUACCAAUUAAAGGAGCUAGUAAAUAUACAGUUAUUAGUGAUUAUUCUCAACCUGACUAUGGAGCAAUGCAUAUGUGCAUGGAUAAGAGAAUUGUUUACAACAGAACUAUACCAUCCAGUGGCAAUCACCGUCCUCUAUGGGCAAAGUAUGGGGAAUAUGCAUAUUGUCCGCCGGAAAGAUGGCUACAUAAUGCUGAGCACGGAGGUAUAAUUUACUUGUAUAAUCCAUGCCUGGAGAGUAGGCAAAUUAAACUACUGAGAAAAGCAGCACAGAAAGCCAAAGUAAAGAAGUAUGUUAUGACACCUUAUUCCUUACCCAGAGACAUGCCAAUUGCUGUUGUUUCAUGGCGGUGUGUUCUACAAAUGAAUGCUGUAGAUGUUAAACAGAUAGUGAAAUUUUCUAAGAAAAGGUAUAACAAAGGUCCUGAACGUACUAACAAUGAGGGCAAGUACACGUUUGGCUACCAGAAAAGCUUGGACACUUUUAUUGGAGACUUAAACCAGAUUGGAGACUUAAACCAGAUUGGAAUACAGUUUUGCUGAUUUACUUAUUAAAACAAAGUUUGAUGAGA